AUGACCUCUGCAUUUUUCACUUCUUAUCAUUUACAUGAGUUUAAAAAGGCUGACGUAUCGAGUGAAAAAGGUGCUCAGUUUGAAAUGGAAUCCCCUGAAAACCUAUGUAUAUUGUUGAUGGCCUUACAAUCGCGAGGUAUAGCCGUUAAUCAGUUAUCUUUCAAUAAGGACAACUGGAAAAUAUUUGGUGGACAACGUCAUACGUUGGGUGCAGAGGAGAGGAGCAGUAGAAAGACAGUGGAGUUCUUUUAA